CUCAGCUGAUCGAUCAAACAAAAAAUAUUGAUACACAGGAAUUUAUGAAAAAAAAUGCGUAGCGUUUAGAAGGAGAAAGUAUUUAGUAGCACGCACGAAAUGGACAAGAAUCUGGAUGAGGUCAAAGACACCGUACAAAAGAAGUUCAAUGAAAUCCGUGCUGCGUUGCAUAUGCGCGAGAAGUUGCUGCUCCGGCAACUGGAGGUCAUAGCGAACACGCGACAGCAGCAGCUGCUGCUGAAGAAGUCACCCACCGAAGUGGAGAACUCGAACUCGAUUGGCAAGAAGGAUCAAAGUGGUGUGCGUUUCAUUCCCGGAGAGAGCGAGGAUGCGGAGGAGAAGCUACUUACCGCCAUCCGAAGCUUCGGACACUUUCUGCUGGACAACAGCGAUAUGCAGCUGGCGCUGCAGGAUUACCGCACCACGGGCUUGAGGAACGAGGACUACAUAGAGCCUCUAGAUGACCACGAGACCAUGUACAAGUGCCUACAGGAUGGGCAAGUAUCGUAUCUCGAUCUAGACGAAGACGGCACCGCACCAGAGGCCAUUGUUGUCGACUUCUCCCGCAACAGAAGUCUCGUUGAAGACAAUGCCAAGCGCUCCAUUAUCAACAUUACACUGCAGGAAGCAAAGGAUCUGAUAAAGAAGGCUAAGAUCAAGAGGGAUACGUAUGUGCCGCCCUUAAACUUGGAGGAGCUGGAUGACGAGCUGGAAUCUUCGAUUGCCGAAGCCGUUUCCAGCUUGGGGCGAGAAACCUCUGCCAAAUCAAAGAGCAGCGUACAAGAACCACCGAAAUGCAAGGGUCGCAAGCAGCGCUUCAAGCCAAAAAUCACCAUCAACAAUUGCAAUGGCACCAUCAAUCUGCGCAACAUAGCCAGCCUGACCAUCAACUGCGCCAGCGAAGAGGCGGUGAGUGCAGAGAUGCCCCUGGCCAAAUCCGCUGAUUCCAGUACCACCGAACCCUCGAACUCCACGCCCACCACCACCGCCUCCAGUUCCAAUUACUCCAGUAAUGCCAGCUCCCGUUCGCAGUCCAAGAAGCAAAAGGCGAACAAAAAGCUGGACAAGAUCGAGCGCGAACCCAGCUCGGAUUCCACUCCUACGCCUGGACAAGCUCAGCGCUACGAGGAGACCGAGAUUCACGAUGUCACCUGCGAUUUCUACAAUCGCCUCUUGAAUGAAAUCAAGAAGAGCAUGGUGGAGAAGCCACGCAGGACGUACAACCAGGUGGCAGAGCCCGUUCAAACGUCGGCUGCCGAUUCCAGUUGCGAUGCCAACUCCAAUCCCAAGCAGUCGGCUGCCAAACAGGAGCCAGUUUCGACCACCACAUCGCUAACGCACAGCGAAUCGGGACCACAAUUGCAGCCGGGCAAGCGGCUAAUCCUUAAGAACUUCGAGAAUCUCAAGAUCAUCCUCGAGGCAAACAGCGGCGAUGAGGACUCAUUCCAUCCCGUCCAGAUCGAGCAGUGGCUGGCGGAGAUUAUCUCCGAAACGGAUCUGGAGCCCAUGCAGAACACGGAUAUCUUGGAGCACAGCCGCAUCCACAGCAGCGAGAGUCCCUAGAGCUGCAGUCACGCUGUAUUCCAAACUAUUUAUCCUUAGUGCACUCAGUAUUUUCUGUUUGUUAAUGAUUAGCUAUAGAUUCCUUAAUUUGUUUUUAGUUUACAUUAUAAUCUUAAUUAGUUUUGAUUUCGUGAAGACACUUGCAAAUGUUUUUAUAUCCAAUUUAAACUGAAAUUGGCCGCACUGGAGCUUAGGUAAUUAUAUUAUAUUAUAUAAAACAGUUUUAAUCGAAAUCGCUGAAGUUUAUACAUUAAUGUAUAAAUAUAUAAAUAUUUACUAGAAGUUCAAACAUCACCAUAUUCUCCCGCGAAGUGAAAGUUGUGAAAUGUUUAGGAUAUGUAACCAUAUACAUUUAUUUAUCAGAUAAUCUUUUUUAAGAACUAAUAGUACCCAAACCUUUUUGCUCAAUGUUCACCAAUUGUUUAUGUACUUAAUGCAUUUGAUUUUGUGAUUUUAAUCUUUUCGUAAGACUCGAAACUGGUACCAAUUUAGCAAGUAAGCUCCAGCCAGUGUUCAAUGCUCACCGUAGCCCAUUUGUAAAUGCAAUCGAGAGAGUUCCACAUUAAAGUGUUAAUUGCCAUCACAAAA